AAAUGAAGACAAGAUAUUCAAGAUCAUUUCCAGUUUAUAACAUUUACUUUUCAGGUCACGAAUCCUUAAGAAUCGAUUAGUUUCUCCUUCGAUGACAUACUCAUCUAGAUCAUCAUCUGAUAACCACACUGUUCUCGCUAUUUGGAAUCGUGACAACGACCUGUGCGCUUGUCGUCAUCUAAAGUUAAGUGUAGAAAAGAUGUCGAUGUCAGAUAAGAAUCCAGCUCGUAGAUUUUGCAACUGCGUUGACUCUUUGGUGAAGAUGGCAGCUGAAAAGUGUAAAUACUUCAAGUGGAUCGAUGAUGAGCUGACACCACACUACAAUAAUGCUUUCAACAAUCUCAAGUCUGAGUUGAAACUAAUAAAAGACACUAGUUAUGCUGCAAGACUAGAGAGAAGGGUAGCUUUGCUGGAGAACCUGAAUGUUGAAGCCAUUGUUGCUAAAGAAAUUGUUGAUGGUGAACUAGCCAUUGUUGUUGAAAAAAAGAAACAAUUGAGGGGUGAGUUGAAGUUUGUGAGGUUGAAGUUCAGGAUUGCUAUGAUGUUUCUUGUGCUUCUUGCUGCUGUGUUGAUGAUGCAGAAAGCAAAGGUGGUGGGAUAGAUAUUGUUGGGGCUAAAGGAUUGGGUGUAGUUAAUGGUUUUUGGUUGUAUAGAUGCUCUCCCUUUUUGUAAACUUGGGGUUGGGGAUAUGAAGAUCUUCUAUGGUUUUUGGUGGGUAGGAUAUAGAUUAGUAUAUGUAUGGAUGUAAAUGCCCUUCUCUGGUCAAUGCCCCUGUAAUUUAAUCAACUUUUGUACGCCCCAUGUACUUUUGUAUCUAAUGGAAACCA